GGGGACUGAAGUGGAGAGGGAGGAGGGAAUAAAAAGGGAUGAAGGAGGAAAAGCAGACACUAACAGACAAGGAGUGAGGGAGACACAGUCGAAGGAAGAGAGACACACUAUCGCAGCUAUGCCCGAAGCCAAGAAGCCAGCAGCCAAGACAGAUAAGGCUGCAGCAGCACCUGCUGAUAAGGGUCACCAAUCAGUUGAAGGUGAACCUGCUGUAGAGGAAGACCGGUCUGCUAUAGAGGAGGGAAGUGAGUGCAGAGAUGAGCUCUUGUCAGAAUCAGAAGAAUUGCCCGAUGAUGAGACUGUCCCAGGAGGGCAGUCCGAGCUGACCGGACUAUUUGUAGAGAGGCCAGAGAGCACUACAGUAACCAAAGGGAAGAACGUCACCUUUGUGGCUAAAGUGGACUCAUCUGACCUGCUGAGGAAGCCCAACAUGAAAUGGCUGAAAGGGAAGUGGCUGGACCUGGGCAGCAAGGCUGGCAAGCACGUGCAGUUUAAAGAGGCCUAUGACAGGAACUCCAAGGUCUACACAUAUGAGAUGAGCAUCAUCAAAGUAGUGGAAGGAGACGCAGGUGGCUACCGUUGUGAGGUCACCUCCAAAGACAAGUGUGACAGCUGUACAUUUGAAGUCACAGUGGAAGCCGUACAAGAGGAGCAGCCCGCCAACAUCCUGGAUGCCUUCAAGCGAUCAGGCAUAAAAGGCGCCAAAAAAGGGGGAGAUGCAGGAGAGGAUGCAGGUGACCUGGACUUCAGUGCCCUCCUCAAAAAAAGGGAAAAAAAGGCAAGGGACGAGCCCAAAGAGGAUGUGGAUGUGUGGGAGAUCCUGAAGGAUGCUAAGCCAUGUGACUAUGAGAAGAUUGCCUUUGACUAUGGCAUCACAGACCUCAGGGGCCUGCUCAAGAGACUGAAGAAGAUGAAGAAGGUGGAACCCAAGAAGAGUGACGCCUUCCUGAAGAAGCUAGAGCAAUGUUACUCUGUGGACAAGGGCAAGAGGACCCAGAUGCAUGUUGAGCUCCAUGACCCCAACGUUCAGGUCAAAUGGCUGAAGAACGGAGUGGAGAUCAAACCCUCUGCCAAGUAUGUGUUUGAGUGCGUGGGCAACAAACGGACACUCACCAUCAACAAGAGCAACCUGUCUGACGAUGCAGCCUAUGAGUGUGUGGUGGGAGAGGAGAAGAGCUUCACUGAAGUCUUUGUCAAAGAGCCCCCGGUCACCAUCACCAAGCUGCUGGACGAUGUGCAUGUAGUGGUGGGAGAGAAGGUGGAGUUUGAGUGUGAGGUCUCAGAGGAAGGGGCCAACGUCAAAUGGAUGAAAGAUGGAGUUGAGCUGACCAAGGAUGGGAAGUACAGGAUAAAGAAGGAUGGGAAGAAACACACUCUGGUCAUCAAUGAAGCAACCAUAGAGGACAUCGGAAUGUACUAUGUUUACACUAAUGGGGGAGAAUCCAAAGGAGAACUGGAAGUGGAAGCCAAGGAGCUGGAGGUUCUGCAGAGUAUAGCUGACCUGUCGGUGAAGGCGUGUGAACAGGCCAUGUUCAAGUGUGAGGUGUCUGAUGAGAAGGUGGUGGGCAAGUGGUUCAAGGACGGUGUGGAGGUCAAACCCGGCAACCGCAUCAAGAUGUCACACAUCGGAAGGAUCCACAAGCUGAUGAUUGAUGACGUGAAGCCGCAGGAUGAAGGAAACUACACCUUUGUCCCUGAAGGAUACGCACUCUCCCUCUCCGCUAAACUCAACUUCAUUGAAAUCAAGAUCGAAUAUGUUCCACGCCAAGACCCUCCCAAAAUCCACCUGGACACUAGUAGCACGGGCAGCAAGAACACCAUUGUUGUGGUGGCUGGCAACAAGCUCCGCCUUGAUGUGGAGAUCACAGGAGAGCCUGUCCCCACUGUGUGCUGGAUGAAAGGAGACACUGUGAUAUCGGAGGCGGAGGGCAGAGUGAGGGUGGAAACCAGGACCACUCUGAGCAGCUUUGUCAUUGAGGGGGCGGAGCGGCCAGACGAAGGCCAGUACUCCAUCAUAGUGACCAACCCAGCCGGAGAGGACAAGGCUGAGCUCACCGUCAAGAUUGUUGAUGUGCCUAACCCUCCAGAGAACGUCAGAUGUAUGGGAGUUGGCGAGGACACAGCCACCAUUACAUGGGAUCCCCCCAAAUUUGACGGGGGUGCACCCAUCAAAGGCUACCUGAUGGAGAGGAAGAAGCAGGGUUCCUCCAGGUGGACCAAGCUGAACUUUGAGGUGUUUGAGUCAACCACAUACGAGGCUAAGAAGAUGAUUGAGGGUGUUUUUUAUGAGAUGAGAGUGUUUGCUGUCAACGGGAUCGGGAUCUCCCAGCCCAGCGGCAACUCAAAGCCCUUCAUGCCCAUAGCCCCUACCAGUGAGCCCACUCGUCUGACGGUGGAGGAUGUGACAGACAGCACCUGUGCCCUGAAGUGGCGUCCUCCAGAGAGGGUUGGAGCAGGGGGCGUUGACGGGUACAUAAUCGAGUGGUGCAAAGAAGGAGAGGAUAACUGGGUGGAAGCCAAUAAGGAGCCAGUGGACAAGAACACGUACCGUGUGAAGGGGCUGCCAACAGGAGAGAAGCUCUUGUUCAGAGUGGUGGCUAUGAACAUCGCUGGACGCAGCCCCCCCUGCACCAUGAAACAGUCUGUCAUCAUCAGAGAGAUCAUGGAGUACCCAAAGAUCCGCCUGCCUCGCCAGCUAAGAACCAAGUUCAUCAGGAAAGUGGGCGAGAAGAUCAACCUGGUCAUCCCCUUCCAGGGGAAGCCUCGCCCCGUGGUCAACUGGCUGAAAGAUGGUGAGCCCCUGGAGAUUAAGUCGGUGGGCAUCCGCACCAGUGACUUUGACACCAUCCUGUUCAUCCGCUCGGCAGAAAGGGACCACUCUGGGACAUACACCCUGUCUGUCCAGAUAGACAACAUGCAGGACAAGGCUGACAUACACAUCCAGAUCGUAGACAAGCCAGGUCCUCCUAUAAAUGUGAUGGUAACAGAUGUGUGGGGUUUCAAUGCUGCUCUGGAGUGGAAGCCCCCCAAAGACACAGGCAACACUGAUAUCACCGGCUACACCAUCCAGAAGGCUGACAAGAAGACCCAGGGUUGGUUCACAGUGUAUGAGCACAACCGCCGGCCCAGCUGCACAGCGUCUGACCUGGUCAUGGGGAACGAGUACUCCUUCCGUGUGUUCAGUGAGAACAUCUGUGGCUUGAGCGAUGAGGUGGCCUUCAGCAAGAACACUGCCAUCAUAGGAAAAACAGAUCUGAAGUACAACAAACCAGCCUUCAAAGAGAAGGACAUGAGCAGCUCCCCCAAGUUUACAGCUCCCCUAGUGGACAGGGUUGUUGUUGCAGGCUACAGUACUGCCAUCAGCUGCGCUGUCCGGGCCUACCCUAAGGCUAAGAUAGUGUGGAUGAAGAACAAGAUGAUCAUUGGGGAGGAUCCUAAAUUCUUGAUGCAGAACAACCAGGGGGUGUUGACCCUGAACAUCAGGAAGCCCGGACAGUUUGACGGGGGCAAGUACUCCUGUAAGGCCAUCAACGACCUGGGGGAGGACGAGGUGGAGUGCAGGCUGGAAGUCCGAGUCUUAAAGGAGAAGAAAGAAGGAGACGAGGAGAAGAAAUGAGUUACAGUGACCGAUAGAAACACCAGAGGAUACAGUUCUGCAGGAAUCAUAAUGGAUUAUGUAUAACAGGAUAGACGUGAAUAAAUAUGAUUAGAAUAAAAAAACUGGUGAUGUUUUCUAAAUAUGCUCUCUAUCUCCCUCUCUCUCUCUUUCUUCCUCUCUCUAUCCCUCUCUCUCUCUUUCUUCCUCUCUCUAUCCCUCUCGUUCUCACAUCCUCACCAGUGGCAUGUCAAAUACCAUAUCGGUAAUAACUGAAUGAAUUAUGAUAAUAACAGACCACUACAUUGAGACAAGCUAAUUGAGAGUAGUAAUAGAGUACCUUAAUAAUGGCUGAAUAUUACAGCUCAGAGAUGGAUUCUUCUUAUCUGUGACAUGAACCUGUCAGUGCAACACACAUAAAACAGUCAUUUACCAAA